AUGGAAGUCGAUCUCAUCAUCGAAAAUGCGACGGUCGUCACCGCAUCAGAUGUGCACCCACAUCAAGACAUUGUGGUUCGUGAUGGCAAGAUUAUAGCCGUCGGUCAGAAUCUGAAGUCCAUUUUCUCGGCUCAAUCAGUCAUCGACGCACAACAUGCCUUCGUCAUGCCCGGCGGCGUGGACUCCCACGUGCACCUCGACCAGGACAACUCACCAACAGGAGACAACUUCGAGACCGGCACGAGGUCAGCCAUUGCCGGCGGCACAACCACAAUCAUUGCGUUUGCCACUCAGGAGCGUCGCCACGAGUCCCUUCAUCCCGUCGUUGAGGAUUACCACUCCCGAGCCAACGCCAAGUCGUACUGCGACUACGGCUUCCACCUGAUUCUCACCAACCCGACCCCCAAGAUUCUGCGCGAAGACCUGCCGUUCUUCUUCAAGGAGGGCAUCACAUCAGUCAAGCUGUACAUGACAUACGAGCCGCUGAAACUGAAAGACGGCGAGAUCCUCGACGUCAUGAUGGCGACGCGGAGUCUGGGGAUGACCACCAUGGUGCACGCCGAAAACAGCGACAUGAUCUCCUGGAUCACGGCCCGGCUCGCGGAGCAGCAGCUCACCGCACCCUACUACCACGCCAUCAGCCGGCCCAACAUCGCCGAAGACGAAGCGACGUACCGCAUCAUCGCCCUCGCCGAGCUGUCCGACAUCCCCAUCCUCAUCGUCCACAUGUCGUCCAAGACCGCGGCCGCGCACGUCAGGAACGCCCAGACACGCCUGCUCCCCAUCCACGCCGAGACGUGCCCGCACUACCUCUUCCUCACGGCCGACGCGCUGCGGCCGAACCACCCGGAGCACGACUCGUUCUCGGGGGCGAAGCACAUCUGCAGCCCGCCGCUGCGCGAGGACCGGAUGGACCUGGAGGCCGUGUGGGCCGGCAUCGUGAACGGGACCUUCACGACCUUCAGCUCGGACCACGCGCCGAGCAAGUACGACCACCCGUGCGGGAAGAAGGCGGGCCUGGGCGAGAACGGGCUGAUGCGGUACGACAAGGUCCCGAACGGGCUGCCGGGCUUGGAGACUCGCAUGCCGGUUCUCUUCCAGGGCGGCGUGCUGUCGGGCAGGGUGACGCCUCAGAAGUUCGUCGAGGUGACGUCGACCAACCCGGCGAAGCUGUACGGUCUUGGGGAUACCAAAGGCGCUAUCGCGGCGGGUUACGAUGCCGAUUUCGUGAUAUGGUACCCGACGGCCGACCAAGUGGCUGCCGCGGGAGGAGGAAGCGCGACAACGAUGGAGCCGUUCGAGCUUGAGAAUUCGAUGUUGCAUCACGACAUCGACUACUCUCCCUUCGAAGGCAUGAAGUUCGAUAACUGGCCACGGUACACCAUUUUGAGAGGCAAGGUUGUCUGGGAUAGAGAUAACGGGGGGAUUGCCGGCAAGAUGGGCUUCGGGAAUUUCUUGCGUCGCGGGAAGAGCACGUUGAGCAAGCCGCGCAAUAAAUCAACUGCAGCGAUCUUGCGGCCUUACACUGAGUACUGCACCGACGGCUGGAUCGAACCGUUGCGGAACAAGGACGGCCGCUGUGGUCCUCCGUUCGGCAACGCCUCUUGCGCGUAUUCGGACCUUCCGUGCUGUAACUCGGAGACGUGGCGAUGCGGCGAAACAUUCGAGGAUUGCGAACACGGUCGAUGCUACGAGGGUGUCUGCCCCGGUCAUACCGUGUACACCACGAACGGCAAGUGCGGCCCGGCCUACGGCAAUCAGCAGUGCGCCGGGAGAUGGGGCGACUGCUGUAAUCUCGACGGCGAGUGCGGCACCGGGCCAGAGUUCUGUGGUCUGGGAAAGUGUCAAGCCGGUAACUGCGUGUUGCCGGAAGCCUGGUUUGACAGGACGGGGUCGCCCUUCGAUUUUGAGCCGGGGCUCUACGCCGCUUUUCAGGAGGCGAUGGCGCAUGAUGUUGAGGCCCCUACAUCUACCGGAUCCGCGGCCGGUACUUGUGAGGCUCGGAAUGGGGAUGUGGCUGGUAGACUCUUGGGUGUCUGCCCACGUGGGUAG